ACCACUUUAUAUGCACAUUUAUCGUUGUGGUGUAUAUAGUAAGAAUGGUGGAUUUUAUAGGUUAGAAUUGCAAUUUAUAUAUUGAAGAAAUCGUAAAAAAAUCAAGAUUUUAAUAAUAUUUUCAAGAAUUGUAUUAAUUUAAAAAUAGUUUAUGAUUCAACAUAAUUACCAUUAAAGUGUUCUGUUGAUUUUUUAUUUAAAAAAUGGCUAUAAAGAAAACUCAACGGCAUGCACGUGCAAUGCAAAAAAGUGUACGGGGUUCAUUUAAAAAUAUUGAGAAACAAAAACAAGAAAAGAAAAUUAAGGUGAAGGAUAAGAAAGCCUUGAUUAUUGCACAAGAAAUUAAAUUUGCACGGUUAUUGGCAUGCAAUGAUAAAAAAAUAAGAGACAAGGUUCUGAAAAGCGUCAAAAAAUGGCUAACAGUACGUUCGAAAAGUUCAUUUGAAUUAACAGAAGCAGACUUUAUGAGAUUAUGGAAAGGUUUAUUUUAUUGCAUGUGGAUGUCAGAUAAACCAUUAGCUCAAGAAGAGUUAGCUGAAUCUCUUAGUAAAAUUGUACAUUGUCUGGAUUCUAUGUCAAACAUAAUGUUGUAUACUAAAAGUACUUUACAAACUUUAGCAAUAGAAUGGUUUGGUAUAGAUCAAUAUAGAUUGGAUAAAUUUGCAAUGUUGGUGAGAAGAAUAUUACGACAAACUUUUAAAAUAUGCCAUGAUAAAAACUGGAAUAUUGAAUGGGUACAAGGUCUAAUGGAAAUUUUAGAACAGCUUUUAUUAGACAAAAAAUUUUGUUUAGGUUUUAAAAUGCAUGUAACAGAGUUGUAUUGGGAAGAAAUUGCAAAGGUCAGCUGUGGAAAUUUACCAGAAGAUGUUGUUACAAUGCUUAUUAAACCAUUUAUUGCCUAUUUGGCUACAAUAGAAGAAGAAAGAUUAAUUAAGCACAUCAUGAGACAUAUUUUCAGAUAUCUUAUCUUUCAGUCCAAUAUUGGAAUAGAUUAUAAAGAAAAAUUUGAAGCAUGGAAACAAGCUGGAUUCCCAUGUGGUAAUAUUGAAGUUAUGCAAAAAAUUGAAGAAUCUGAUGAAGACAGUGAUGAAGAUACAAAAAUACUUUCUAAAAAAGAAUUAACAGAGACUACGGAAAAAGCUUUAGACCCAAGAGCUGGUAGAGUGGACGUUGAAUUGCCACAAAUAAGUUUUAAUGCUAAAAAAAUAGUUGAGUUAAUUAAACAAUAUAAGUUUCAUCCGUUAUCAACAACAAAGUCACGAAGGCAAAUCGCGCGUCUUAUAGAAGAAUUUACAGAGGUUUCGGAAGGUAGAAUGCCUCUUGGUAUAAAGGAAAUAGCAGUUAUAAACAAAGAUAGAUCAAAAAUGGAUCCGAAAAAAGCUGCAUUACGUUUAUUAAAAUUUGAUGAGGAAUUAUAUUCAGAUAGUCACAGAAGUAAACGAAAGAGGAAGAAAAAUGAACAAUUAGAUGAAAAUUUAAUUAAUGAAUCACAAGAAAAUGUCACGGACGAGGGUAUUACUUUAGAAUCAAAUAAAGAAUUAAAUAAAAAGAAAAGAGUUAAUCAAGAUUUAAAAUAUAGUUUACAUGAAUCCAAUGAAACAAUAGAAUCAUCAUGUUCAAAAGAUUCGAAGAUGACUAAAGUAUCAGCAUUGAUUAUUGAUCGUUCUAAAAAUAAACAAAAAAAACGAGAUCAACUUGAAAGUGAAAUUCUAAAACAUAAGAAAAACGACAUAGAUACAGUCAUAUCUAAUAAAGUAAAUAAACAAAAAGUAGUGAAAACGAAAUCAACUUUAAUUAAUGAAAAAAAUACAACUAAAAAUAUAAUUAUACAUAAAUUGAAAAAAUUGAAGAACAAUAUGUGUGGACAAUGGGAUGUAUCGGAUAAUGUUCCACCCAUUCCUUUGAGUCGCACUAAUGACAAUGAAAGUAAAAUUAAUAAUGUAUGUAAUGGAGAACUUAAUGCAUCGAUAUCAAGCGAUACAAGUGAUGUAACAUUUGAUAAACAGAUAGAAUGGUUGAGGCCUACAUUAAAAAAAUCUAUAAGAUCAACUGAACACGUCCAAGAACAAAAUAAAUCUGUUAAUGAUACAGGAUUGAAGAAACGCGUAAAGAUCGUCUUACAACGUAACACUGCCCAACAUACAUCUGAUUAUAUUCAACAAAUUCGGAAAAGUCCAGCUAUCCCUUUUGAUGCUAAUAAAAAACCUUUAGUUGGUGUUUUAAAAGCUAGCCCUAUGCCAAGUCCAGUAAAUCCAUUUUAUAAAAGACACGUCAAAUAAAAAUACAAUUAUGCAAAGAA